AAAAAGAAGGAACUUGAUGCGCUCUGCAUCGUCUUCACGUUAAAAAGUCAACACUGGUUUCCCUCACUUUCCUCUUCCUCCCACUUCCACCCGCCACUCUGCCAUAAGUACCUUCUUGGGAAACUGUGCGUGCCUUUGCCUCCGUCAUUAAGAAACCGCCUGCCCCCCACAAUUGUUUCUCAUUCCUCUGUUCUCUUAAUCUUGCCCGGAAGACUUCCCUUCCCCAAUACUAAAUCCUAACAUCUCUUUUUAAAUCUAGAUAAUUGAUUCCAUCCACUUUAUUUUCAAUUUUAGAUUCUAUUUUCCUUCAUCUGGUGUACCACCUCGCCAAAUUUUGUAUCUUUCUCAUUUCACGACUCAUACAACGCACAAUUCUUGUUUUUCCUUCUGUGAAAUUACGAUAUCUUACAGAUUUUCAUUCCCUUGUCAAAGAUAUCACAGUUUAUUUUUCGAAUUCAGAAAUUCUUCCUGUCAUCUCCUCGGCUAUCCGACCUCUUCUAUUAAUUAUCGCCGGCGAAUAUUCUAGGGAUUUGUUAUAGAGGGAAAUGUGGGAUGCUUUCGUGGUUGGCAAGGAUGGUUUCUGCGUGUUUGACACCAAUAAGGCGGUAUGCCCGUAUGAACAGGGAUAAUAUCGAUGAUUAUUCCCGGUCUGAAGACGCUCUCCUUUGGUGCAAGGACCUUGAGAAGCACUCGUGCGGCGAAUUCUCUUUUGCGGUAGUUCAGGCCAAUGAAGUAAUUGAGGAUCAAAGCCAGGUUGUGACGGGGCCAGACGCCGUGUUCGUUGGGAUAUACGAUGGCCAUGGCGGUCCCGAAGCGUCCCGGUUCGUCUGCGAUCACCUCUUCCAUCAUCUAAUGAGGAUCGCUCAAGAAAAUGGUACCAUAUCCGAAGAUAUGCUCAGGAAUGCUGUUUCUGCUACUGAAGAUGGAUUUCUGAAUGUUGUUCGAAGAACAUUUGGUAUAAAGCCAUUGAUAGCAGCAACAGGCUCCUGCUGUCUGCUGGGUGUUAUAUGGAAAGGGACGUUAUAUGUUGCGAAUCUUGGAGAUUCUCGUGCUGUAAUUGGCUCUGUGCAUGGAUCUAACAAGAUCGUUGCUGAGCAGUUGACCAGAGAGCACAAUGCAAGCAGAGAGGAGGUUAGACGAGAACUCCGGAGUUUGCAUCCAGAUGACUCACAAAUUGUAGUUAUGAAGCAUGGAACAUGGCGUAUUAAGGGCAUCAUUCAGGUAUCCAGAUCUAUAGGUGAUGCAUAUUUGAAGAGAUCAGAGUUCUCUCUUGAUUCUUCCUUCCCACGGUUCCAUCUGCCAGAUCCUAUCCUUCGACCGGUGCUUUCGGCAGAACCAUCUAUAUGUUCCAGAGUUAUACAGCCAAAUGAUAAAUUUCUCAUAUUUGCAUCUGAUGGCCUUUGGGAACACAUGACAAAUCAGGAAGCUGCUGAGAUUGUUUAUAACAACCCACGAACUGGGAUUGCAAGAAGACUUGCGAGGGCUGCCCUGAAUGAGGCGGCUAGGAAGAGGGAAAUGAGAUUUAAAGACAUGCAGAAAGUUGGGAAGGGGAUCAGGAGGUUUUUCCAUGAUGACAUCUCUGUUGUUGUGAUCUUCAUAGACCAUGAGUUUCACGGAAAAAAGAUAACCGUACCAGAGUUAUCCUUCAGAGGUUUCGUGGACAAGGUUGGACCGUCAAAUCUCAAAAUUGUCAGGAAGUGAGGCUGCUGUUGCGACUAAUUCAAUUGAUAAAAGUGAGUGUGCCAUGGAUAGAUGGCCUAUGACCCAAACUGUAAUAGGGGAAACAAUUAUUGGGAAAUGGAUUCAUUAUAAAGUUCACUCCUGCCGACUCGAAUCGGAUGUCCCUGCCUGGUUAAAGUUGCCAUUAAAGGGAGGCUCUAACAAUUCUAUGCUAAGUCAAAGGUGAACAUUUUUAUGGCAUCUCAUUGUUUAUUUUGAACAUUUCUUCUCGCCUUUCAAGAGGCAUGCAAGACUAUUAAAUUGAGACCUCAUCUAUUGCAUGGUGAUGGUAAAAAAAAAAAUAUAUAUCUGUUGCCUGCU